AUGAUUAUAUUACCGAAUGAAGUAGUAAAUCAUUUGAGUAACUCAUUGGAGCACUUUAAUGCUUGGACAGAGGAACUUUCUGGGAUACUUAACACUGCUCAACAAAAACAAUUGGCUUGGAAUGUGCGCUGGCCUCAGAGUAUGGACGAAAUCAAGGAUAUACAACUAAAACUGACUCCAACAAAUCAAUUCAAGUCACUCCUGUGGCAGAGUUUCUAUUGGCAGUUGCGACGUUCAUCUGGCAUUCCGAAAAGCGUUCUCUAUCAGCAUUUUGUGCUAAAUCUUGUAAAAUUAAAACGUGCCGAGCAGCAGCCGCCGGAAAUGUGGAACAUUCAAUUGGAAAAUAUGCUCUUAAGUUUUCCUCAAUCACUGCAAACUCUACUCAAAAGUCAUUGGUUGUGCCUGCAACAUCAACGAGAUUAUCUGUAUGCUGAGGCCGCAUAUCAAUUCCAAUUGGGUGCCAAUAGCAAUUGCAGCAUGUGGCACAUAGAUACGCAAAGGCAGAUCAAUGAUCAUCAUUGGUUGCGCCUCAGAAAUGUGUGUGAAACGAAUUAUGUUUGGUUUAUCAAUCUCGAGAAUAUGAUGCAAACGGACAACAUUCUGUUGUUUCAUUCUCCAAGCCGGCUGGCCAAGAGAUUGUGCUUGAAUCAAGAUUUAGGCUACUAUUUUACAAAGGAAAUAUCAAAGGAUUGCCACUGGGAGUUCAGAGAUUGCAGCUAUUUGCCACAAUUGCUGCGGGGUUUAUAA